AUGGAUAAUUGUCGCAAGCCCUUCAUCACUUUCAAAUUUAAGUAUCGGUCUAAGGCUGCCAUCCAGUCUGUUCUCAUCAUCCCCCGCAAUCGCAGUCCAGUACCGCUCGAAGAUCGUGACGUUGAUACCCUUACUCUAGAGGAGUCUCACGAACUACUUCGGCGUCAUCGUGGACGAGAAGACGCCGCGCCAAGUGUCAAGCGAGAAAGCUUCAAGCGCUUGAAAAUCUUAGCUGACUGUAACUCAUAUAAUCGUUGUUUUAACUUUUACCUUCCUGUCACGACUCUUUUGCACUUCACACUCACGAAUACCAUGGCUAUCACAGCCGGUAUCCCAGGCCUUGAGGUCACUGUCGAGGUUGACGCAUUAGCGCUACCAGAACAUGAAUAUGCUGGCUUCGAGGGCGGCGAGGUUACGACUUCAAUUACCAAAUACAUCGAAGCGCCACCAGCUACCGACUUCUCUAUCCGCUAUCUUUAUCGUCCACCAUUCACCCCUCCUUCAGCCAUUCAAAUGGAUAUACUUCUGGAUGGCAACUACGUGCAAGCUCCAUUCAUUGAAUGGGGUGGUAAAGAAGGCUGCGAGGGAUACUUGUGCUCGAGAUCUACUUCGUUCGCUGGUGGACGUAGCUUUACUCAAGGCUUCCAAUUCGCCGAGCUAAAGACUAACGAGACCAAUACCCCGGCCACCAAAGAGGUUGCUGACCGGCUGUCAACUACCGGUCGCAUCGUGCUUUACUUCUACUUGAUUGAGCAUCUAGAGGCAGUGAAGCCAGCCAAAGUACCUCGGCUUGCGAACAACGAGUUUGGUUCUCUCAGUGAAAAGGCGCUACACAAAACAGUUGCAGCACAGGGUGAUGCAUUGUCUCACCACACUAGCCUCACCAUACCAGUACAGCGCGACAGCAUCACUUUCAACGAAGUAGAGACUACAGAAAAUGAGCCUUUUGCGACCUUCACUUUUCUCUAUAGAUCAAUUGAUGCGCUCAAGUCUAUUGGUAUUAUCCCGCGUACUCCAAGCCCAUCACAGCAGUCAGAGGAUGAGGAUGAGGACAAAGAUCCGGAAGACAUGACUGAGGAAGAGAUGAGGGCGGAGCUCAAGCGCGUGCGCGAAAAGAGGCAAAACGCGAUCAGGAUCAAGCGCGAAGGCGAAGAAGAAAGCCAGGCCGGUGAUACCACCCUCCUAGGCGACGACGAAGUUCAGUGGACUAGGAGUCAGCCGAAGAAGGCUCUUCCACAGAAAACACCUUCAAUAUAUCUUUGGCAACGUUACCACUCACACGGACGUCUUUCUACUAUCACUCUUCGUUUCCUUUGUUGCCAUAAAUUUGUGCCUGGCGCCAUGGCAAUUGUACAUGAAGUCCCAGGGCUUGAGGUUCAGAUCUACGUCCAUGGAAACCCACUUCGCGAGUAUGUCGACCAGCACGCAGCCGUAUCGGAAGCCACUUCGGAAAGCUACAUCGAAGUGCAUUCAAAUUCGGCCUUCGAGAUUCACUACUCGUUCAAGGCGCCGUUUCCCGUCGACCGCCCUGUAUCUAUGAUCGUGACAAUGGACGGCAAGGACAUCGAUGAACCUCUUAUUCGUCCCUGUGAGCUAUACAACCAAGAAGGCCAUGUCAGUUCCGGCCCAAUCUCGAACGAUGGUAGGAAUUGGUCGAUAAAGCCAUAUCGCUUCUCACCACUUGAUAUCAGGGAAUGCAGCGAAGAUCCUAUACCGGAGGAUCUACAAAAGAAGAUACGGCUCGUUGGUAUUAUUACUUGCGAGUUCUACUUCCUCAACAACGCGAGACGCAGUGCAAAGACCAAAUUUGUACACAAGGAGCUUGAGAAAUUGGACACAGUCAACAAGAAGGCUAUCAAGGGCGAGUCGCUGUCGCAUCAGGCAAUUCUUGGAGAGACGGAGCUCGCGGAAGAGAUUGAGUAUUACGAUGCCGAAUAUGCCGACGGAGGGGAGCCAUUCGCAACAUUUCACUUUUACUAUCGCUCGCUUGCUGCACUUAAGGAUUUACACAUUAUCGAACGCACGCCCGACCCAGUCGACUUCCUCUAUGGUGAUGACACGGUUCUCGGACAACUGAAUAGGGAACAAUUAGAAGCUAUUGUGCGGCGCUUCAGGGAGCAAGAAGAGACCCGUGUACGCAUGAAACGCGAGCUAUCCGAUACCUCAACCAUAGGAGGCAAUGAUCACGGAUCCAGUGGCCUGAGUGCAACAUGUGACGACGACUUCAUCGAGAUACGUACCCAAAAAGCUAGCGGAUCCACCAAGACCCGUCCAAACAUCCUACCUCUCGCCGGUCUCGACAAUCUCACGAUUCGGACAGCAUUCCAAGACCGCCUCUUCACAGCCCUUGAGCUGACCUCAGUCUACCUUACCCGUAUCCGUGAACUAAACCCCCAGUUUCACGCGGUGGCAGAAGUCAACCCAGACGCCACAUCCAUGGCCCACCUCCUCGAUGUUGAAAGACUAACAAACGGCGCUCGAGGCACGCUACACGGUGUGCCUAUUCUCUUGAAGGACAAUAUGCCCACUCUUGACGCCACGUCCACAACAUGUGGCAGUGUUGCCUUGAUAGAUGCCAGACCGUCUGAGGAAAGUGAAAUUGUGAAAGCGGUACGGAAGGCGGGAGCUAUAGUACUGGGCAAAGGAAAUAUGGCUGAGUGGGCAGGCUUCCGGUCUACGAGUGGAUGUUCAGGUUGGAGUGCUAGAGGAGGUCAGACUACAGGCAUUUACCACCUAGGCAUGAAGGCCAGCGGUAGUUCGGGAGGUUGUGCCGUAGCGGUUGCAGCGGGCAUGUGCUUUGCAGCGCUAGGCACGGAGACAUGCUACUCCAUUGUUUCUCCGGCCGAGAAAUCAGGUAUCGUGGGCUUCAAGCCUACGCGCGGUCUUCUUUCUUCAAAGGGGAUAAUUCACGCAUCCAAAAGACUCGACACUGUUGGAGUACUUACGCGUACUGUAUCUGACACAUUGUUUUUCGUCCUUGGUCUUGUGCAGCAAAGCGACCAUAUUCCUUCGCCAACAAAGCAGAAGCUGUUGCAAAAUCUGAACAGUGCAUGUUCAAGCACUCAUCUAAACGGCAUUCGCAUCGGCGUCCCUCAUCAUCUUAGCGAACUGAAAAACCUUCCUAGGUGUAGAAAGGAAGCAUUUGAAAAGACGCUCACAUUGUUAGAAAACGCAGGUGCUACCAUUAUCCACGACUUCCAGAUUACUGGUGCUUCGAGUUGGGAAGCUCUUUCACCAGAAGCUAAAAACAUUAUUCUGGACACAGAUAUGAAGGUUGCGAUAAGCUCAUACCUCUCUUCCCUCGAGACAAAUCCUAACGGAAUCCACAAUCUCCAAGAUCUCAUCACCUUUACGAAGGCUCAUCCAGCGGAGCAAUACCCGCGGCGGAAUGUCGAAGGUCUCGAGAGGGCGGAAGCCUCCGAUCUGAACGGGUUGCUUUACAGGACCAUGUUAGCAAAAGACGACUACUACACAGGCGAAGGUGGCAUCGAGACAGCUUUGUGUACAAAUCAUUGCGACGUUAUGAUUCUACCUACCUUGAGUGUCACCAUACAGAGCUUUGCUGCGAAAGCAGGAAGUCCGGUGAUGAGCGUGCCGAUGGGGGUGUUUCCGAUAGAUACGCACAUAGAGAAGGAUUCUAGAAACCACCUGGUCAACGUCGCACCUGGAAUACCGUUCUCGGCAUACAUAUUCGGAAGAGCGACCAAGGAUGAGGAUGUACUUAAAGUGGGGCAUGUGCUGGAGCACUUGACUAAGGUUAUGGAUACAUUGGUGCCAUAUGUAGAGAUGUGA